GAUAUUUAACUGACGAUCUUUACCUAAUACACAUGUCAGCUAGCUGAGCUGAGCCCCUCCACUAUGGCAGAGCUAGAGAGAGAUGUACGGUUGCUGGUACUGUAUGGCAGCCAGACUGGGACGGCCCAGGACACGGCGGAACGGGUAGGGAGAGCUGGGAGGCGUAGACAUUUCAGAACUAGAGUUAUGGCCAUGGACAGCUAUGAUAAGUCCGCUCUUGUGCGUGAGCCCGCUGUAGUGUUUGUGUGUGCCACCACUGGACAAGGAGAUGAGCCAGACAACAUGAAGCAGUUCUGGAGGUUUCUACUGAGAAGGAACCUACCGAGAUCAUCACUCUCUGGAACCAAGAUUGCGGUACUAGGACUGGGGGACUCGUCUUAUUCCAGGUAUAACUUCGUUGCUAAGAGACUGCACAAACGAUUAUUGCAGCUUGGAGCUAACCCACUCCUCCCUCUCACACUAGCGGACGAUCAACAUGACCUGGGACCUGACGCUGUUGUGGACCCUUGGUUGCAGAGCCUGUGUGAGCAGCUGCUCUCCCUCUAUCCCCUACCCCCCACACUGGACCCCCUGGAUGACUCCGUACUAUUGCCACCCAAAUACGAGUGUACUUUUGUCAGUGGCUGUACCUCAGAUGAUGUAAUGAUGACAUCAUCACACACUGCACCGUACACCAGGGGAAACCCCUACCACGCUCACCUGCUAUCCAACGAGCGACUCACACCGCCCACACACUUCCAGGAUGUACGACUAGUCACCUUCGAUAUCAAAGACUCUGGAAUAAGUCACAGUGCUGGAGAUGUGCUGAUGAUACAGCCUCAGAACAGCAGAGCAGCUGUGGACGAACUACUGACAUUGUUGGGACUAGAUCCGGACCAACUAUUCACUCUAACACAGAAUGACCCAGAUGUCCCCCUCCCCCUAACCUUCCCCACCCCCUGCUCCGUGGGUCACCUGGCCACCCACUAUCUCGACUUUCAGUCCAUUCCUCGACGGUCUUUUUUUGAGCUCCUCGCUCACUUUUCAGCGUCCAAUGAAAUGGAGAAAGAGAAACUACUUGAAUUCAUCACCCCUGAGGGUCAGGAGGAGCUCUUUACUUACUGCAAUAGACCAAGGAGGACAAUUCUAGAGGUUUUACAAGACUUCCCCACUUCCACUGCCAACUUACCGUUCCAGUACAUGAUUGAUCUGAUUCCCAUGCUCCAGCCGAGAGCCUUCUCUAUAGCAUCCUCGAUGCAGGCCCACCCAGGUCAAAUACAGAUACUCAUGGCAGUUGUAAAGUACAGAACAAAACUUCAUAAACCAAGAAUGGGUGUGUGUACCACUUGGCUGUCUUCACUGGACCCACUGACUGAAGCUGCUUAUGUACCCGUGUGGGUGGUCCCAGGUACGAUCAAGUUUCCACGACAAUCAGAAGAUCAUGUGAUCAUGAUAGGCCCCGGUACUGGCUGUGCACCGUUCAGAACUUACAUAGAGGAGAGAGUUAACAGUCAGGCCAAACCCAACGGUAACAUGCUCUUUUUUGGCUGUCGGUCGGAACGGGCUGAUUUCUUCUUCUCCAACGAAUGGUUGCCCCUAGUGACAAGCGGACAGUUGCAACUAUUCACAGCAUUCUCACGAGACCAAGAUAUGAAAGACUAUGUCCAACACCGUAUAAAGGAGAGAGGGGGUGUGGUCUGGGAGUGGCUACACACGAGAGGAGCACAUGUGCUCAUUGCUGGGAAUGCCAAGCAGAUGCCUACUGAUGUACAGGAUGCCCUGAGGGAUGCCUGUGUUGAACACGGGGGCAUGAGCCAGGAAGAAGCUGCUGCUCUACUCAAGACCAUGGAGACUAACAAGAGAUUGCAACUAGAGACUUGGUCAUAGCUAUGAACUUGCAAUUGUGAUAACACGUAUAGGUUAAUGUCAUCAUUCAUUGAACUAACUAAUACGUGUAUAUAACGUAUUAUCUGUUUAUUUAUUGAGAGAGAGUCGUUUUUUUUGGCAGUUUCGAUAAGUUUUCAAAUCAUAACAAUCACUCUUAUUUCCACACAAUAAUAUAAUUAUUAUAUACAUGCAUGUAGCUAGCUAAUUAUUAUGGAGCACACAAAACGCUGAAUAUAAUUAUAUAUACAGGUAUAGCACAUUAUUUUACAUACAAAAUGUACUAUUAAUAAUAAGAUAAGAUAAGUUACAUUUAAGUGCUCUGAACAAUCUUCCUAGUUCCUCCUCCAGCAUUCUCAUUGGUCGCCACACUCCCUUGUCCGGCCAGGUUCUUCGGCAUGUAGUGAGAUCCAUCACCAAUACGAGACGAGGGUAGGCACGGAAACAGCAAACCAAACAACCAGUUCUUCCCCAAAACAUCAGCAACAUUCCUGUGCAGAGCACGACCGUACAAAUGAUCGCUCUUCUGUAACUCGUAAAAAGUUUGUCCAUAGAACAUCUCGUAGAGUUGUAUCCCUAGCAAUAAACCAGCUCCCAUGGUUACAAAUCCAAUAAUAGACGUCUCGAACAUGACCAUGGGGUUGACGGGCAUGAUCUGAAACAUCCAAGCCAGCAUCGGAAAGACAAGUCCAGG